AUGGCAGCGGUGGGCAGUGGUGGCGACGGCGAGCCGGUGCUGGCGGUGCUGGCGGGCGGGGCGGUGGUCCGGGUGGCUGCCGACGGCGACGGGCUGGCCGCCGACGUGUACGUCGUGCUACGGGACGAGGCUGCAGCGGCGGCUGGGGCGGAACUGGGCGGAGGCGUGGAACUGGUUGCCCAUCCGCAGCUGGGGCAUGUAGCUGCACUGCGGCUGCCGGGCCUGCGGGUGGUGGGCGUGGCGGGUGUGCCAGGCGUACCGGCGGCGCGAGUGACGACCGAGGCCGCCGACGGCGAGCUGGGCGAGGCGAUCAUCGCACGGCGCCGCGGGCGUGGCGAGGUGCUUGUGAUGCGCGGGGCAGUGCCGGUAGCAGCGUGUCCGGUCGGCGAGGGCGAGGUGCGGCUGGCGGCAGCGAUACCGGUGACCGGUGGUCGGUAUGUAGUCGGGGCGGUAGUGGGUGGUGUGCGGAUGGUUGUGGUUGUCUCACCGCCAGCCCGUGGCCGGGCCUGCGCACCGUGGGCAGUGUCGGCGGUGCCGGUCCACGGUGAUCGCGGCCGCGCCGGCGGCAUCCCGCUUGCUGGCGGCUUUACCGCUCCGCACCAGCUGCUAUUUGUUGAUGCUGCGCUGGAGCAGGUGGUGCUUGUGAAGCCAGAAGCGGUUGCAGAGGCGGCAGCGGUCCCGGAAGCGCCAGUUGCGACUGGCGGACCGGCGACGCCGCUGAUGGCGCCGCUGGCCGCUGCGCUGGCAGGGCGAGCGCAGACGAACGCGUGUAUGCUAGCCAGCGAGGAUGCCGCGCUGAUAGCUGAGACUGCCAUGGCUCGGCUCGUGGCGGAUCAGCUGGCACAGCGGGAGCCGUCGCGGGCGGCGGCGGACGAGCUGCUCGGUGGCCUUGUCCCGCUCGUCGGCACGCCGCCAAACAAUGGCCGGCUCACCACGCCCGCCAAGUCAGCUGCAGCUCCAGCCGCGAGUCUGGUCAAGCUGCACAGUGUUGAGGCUGUGGCCGGCUCGGGCGUGGCGCUUGUGAUCUACCACCCCGAGCCACUGGGCCCCGGGCUGAUGAUGGUCUCGGGCGCCCAGGCGAGCCAGCCGAUGACAACGGUGACGCGGGCGUCUCCUGAAAGCGCCCUGGUAGUGGUCUGGCUGGACAUUGACGAGGCGGUGCUGUACACGGGUGCGCCAUGGGUGAUGUACACCGAAGCCUCACUCCCGCGGGCGGUGCUGACUCUCGAGCGCAACGCGCUUGCGGCGGCGACGACGUCGCAGCCAUCGCUCGCGGCAGCCCAAGCGCUCUUUUUCCAUCCCAAGACGGCCACGCUCGAGCUUUGCAUAGUUGGCGACGGCGUGAUCGAGGCUCUUGCAGCCUGCGGGCUAUCCGCGCUCCCGCCACCGCUCAUCCCGUUGUCGCUUAGCGCCCCAGACGCGAGUCCGCCUGUGUGGCCGGGCACCUUUACCAUUGCUUUCAACGAGACGGCGUCGAUUCCGCAUAUCAUCUCGGGCCAGACGACAGGCGUCAUGUACUACGAUGCGGCGCACGGGCGGUCGCUGGUGACGCGGGUGAAUGGCAAGUACGACCGGUACUGCGGCUCGGUGGAGAUUGCGCGGAACACGCCGUGCAACCACCUGGUGGUGCCGUCGGCGUCGGGCCAGCAGGUGCGGUACCUCGACUUUCCCGAGCGCAAGUACUGCUGCCAGUGCUGCACCCAGGCGCAGGGCUGCGGCGUGGUGAGCCCUGAUUGGAUGGCCAACGCCACGUUUGAGGGCGAGACCACGUACGGAGGCUACAACACAUACGAGUGGAACGCCAAGGGUCUGCAGGCGAACCUCUACUACGAAACCGUCGAUGGCUCCAUCCCGGUCCGCCUCAACCAGGUUCCCGACGAUGUGCAAGACUUUGAUCCCACCACUUGGUCCACUGCCCCGCUCGACGACUCGCUCUUUGACGUCCCGUCGUACUGCGGUGGCAAGUGCUACACCUCGGUCGUCUGUGACCUCCUUAACCACGCGCCGAUCUUCUGA